AUUAUUUGGAAGAUUGAUGCAUCUGGUGAAACUGGGCAGGUUGUGACCCAGGUGGAUUUGUCUAUAGAUUCUCUUGGAUCUACCCAGGAACAUAUCCCAGAACCAACCCAGGGACCUACACCAGAACCAGCACAGGGACCUUCAUUUCCAGACCAAACACACCAGCAGCGCUCUUCACAAGGGAAUGUCAUACCACUGACCAAGAAGUGGAAGAAGACAAUUCCGGCUGUGGAUCAAGGCUGGAUAUCGAAGACCUUCUUCCACUAUGCAACCAGAGGUCCACAGUUCGACUUCAGCAGAGUUACAAAGCUGUGGUAUGAUCCUCCUCAACCUAGCAUAUCCAGAGGUGUACUGAACAAACAGGAGUGCUUCUUUGGUCAUCGGCUGUUUCUUUGGAUGCCACGUCACCUGUUUCAGUACCAUUUCAUCUGUCCCCACUCUGGUUGUCAAGGUACCUUAGUGAACAACGGAGUUCACCAGAAGACACGCAUGGUUCUCGACAUCCACGACUAUUACAUUAUAGCAGGAGAAGACUAUGAAUGCAACAAAUGCAAAAGAAGGGUUAUUAGUUGGAGUCAGAGUGUUUUAGAUCAACUUGACUUGACAGAACGCAGCAAGUUUCCCUGUAUUCUGACAGAUAGGUAUGCCUGCGAUCUGAAGGUUGUCAGGAUGAUGCGACAGAGAACACUAGGAAACAGCAGCAGCUUAGUCUGCAAACAGAUUGCUGAGAAUCAUGGGGAGAGCUACUUAGAUAAGUGUCGGCAGUAUGCCACCAAAUUUAUGGCCUUUAAGAAAUCUGCAGCCAAGGGCUUGGUAACCAUCCCAGCAUUCGUAGAGCCACCACCAGUUAUGGAAAUUCCAAGACACCGCUGGUUCAUGAAAGUGUACCAGCUGGACGUCAUUUCAAGACUGGACUACGAGCUGGCAGAGUUGACAUCGGUUACUGGUGACAUUCUUAAGAUAGACUCUACCAAGAAAAUUACAAACAAGCUCGCAGGAUCAAGUAGAGGCACAGCAAUGUGGGCCACAAACAUGGGUAAUGAGCAUGGUCAGGUGCUCAUGUCUGUGCUUACAGAAGGUGAGGGUGAAGGAUUGAAGAAAAUGCUGGAUGGCAUUGUGUCCAGAUACAGAAAUGCUGGCGUCCCCCCACCAAAAGUGCUGUACACUGACAGAGAUUGCUGUGGCCGGCAGUGUGUAAAAAAGUUCUUUGAUGCCUGGCCAUUCCUUCAUGUCAAACUUGACUCCUGGCACUUCAUGCGGCGGUUUCCAAAUGGAUGCACAACAGACAAACACCAACUCUAUGGCCCCUUCAUGGCGAGGCUAAGUCGUUGCAUCUUCAAGAUUGAUGAAGAUGACUAUGCCCGUCUGAUUAGGGCCAAGAGAGAAGAACUCAUUCUUCAGGGUGUUCCACAUCCGUCAGAAAAUGAUGUAAUCCGACGGAUCUCCCCGGAUGAAGUGGGCCGCCACUGCAAGCGUGCAACCAGGGGCACCAAAGAAACAACAACACUAAUUACUGAGUUGAUAGCUUCAUUGGAUGGAGAAAGAGGACUGGACACCUGUGGCGUACCACUUAUUGAUUCUGUCAAGAUGUCAGACAUCUGGUCCAAGCAGAGUCAACAUGUUGCCUGUCUUCAGGACCCGCCAGGUGUCAGUCUCUACGUACAGGUGUCCACCUUGAAGAAAGGAGGAAUAGAGCUGCCAGUCUACAAGUGUGCCAGAGGAUCUACAUCACUCGAAAAUUUUCAUCUACACAUGGCCAGGUUCAUUCCAGGAACGCUUGCGAAAGACACAAACUUUCAAGUCUACCUCCUGGAUGGUAUCUUUAGGUGGAAUGCAGAUAGGGCUGCAGAGGCUGUCAGUAGUCAUAACCAAGCAGCUGUCUUGCCAAGGACAUACAGUGGCCCCUUGAAGAACCAGACCAAUAUCCUCUGGCAGGAACUUUGUGGGAAGCCAUUCUUCCCAAAUUUCAAGCCACCUGGGAACUAUACAGGUGAGCUGGUCGGUGUCCAGUACCUGUAUAAUCAGACUGGCCAGGAAUUCCCGGCUUUAGCCCAGACCAUACAACAGCUGGAGGAUGAUGAGGACAUGAGUCAGCCAGAGGCAGACAAUCAAGAGGAUGAAGGGUUCGUUGAAAUGCCUCAGAUAACCCCCCCAGAAGCAAUGGGUGAGCUACCUGAGGAAACUGCCCCAACGCCUCCCUCAGAAACUGCCCCACAGCCCAUCCUCCACAUCCCUAGUGAAGCUGAAUACCGGCAAAUGGCAAUGGACACUGUUGAAGGUUUGGAACCACCUGUGGACCCUACCACUCUAGCCUCCAAUGUUCAUGUGGCUCCCUCCUUGGAAGAUUCAACCCCUGGAGAUCAGAGCAGUGAUGUCCUUGGACCAGACAAUGUUCCAGGCUAUGAUAAAGUGCUGAACCUUGCCAAGUUUCUUGUUGAGCUGCGGGAUGAGAGAGCUCUCCGUGAGGACAAGGUUCAGCAGCUGAUCAACCUGUGGGAACAGUUGUCUGACUUUGACAAGAAAAGGACAAACUUUCCAAGGAGGUACACAAAGAAGCCGUGGUCUGGGAAGUUUGGCGGAAGAGGGAAAAAUGUGGCUCCAGGGGUUGAGAGCAUCACAAAAGUUCUCCUAGGACCAAAUCAGAGUCCAGCCCAGUGGCCCAACUGCAACAGGUAUACAGAGGCUACCUGUGAGCUGUUGCUUAGGAUUUUUCCGGGAGACCAGAAACGUGAGGGGCGUAUUUGGACCAGAUGGCGUCUUGUCCUCAGGGCUUUUCACAACAUCAGACAGGUUGUUGUGAAAUCCCAAAAGGCCAUGCAGAUGACAGAUAUACAAUUACCUUUGUUAAAUAAAAAGACUCUGCAGCAAUGGUACAACAAGGAGGACAAGGAGCAGGAGCAAAAAGUCCUCUUGCAGGGCAUAAACAUGCCAAAGCCCCCAGUAACAGCAAGUGGCUUGCCAGAGGCCCGCCAGAAACCAGCAGUACUCCCUUCAAGUGAGGCACCAAGGUUUACUUUUAAAAACCCCUCCUGUACUGCUGGCCUGGCACGCAAGAGGACCAACAGUAAAAGAAAAACUCCUGUUCCAGAGCCAUCUGACUCCAAGAAACCAGCACUGCAAACAAUAUUGCCAGCAACGCCUACAGUUAUAAGAUAUCCUGUCAUAAUGGAGCAGCAACAGUUGAUCGUACUUAAUCCUGGACAUCAUAACUUACCAUCAUUUUCAACUUCAACACCUCCAACAACAACAACAACAACAAUACCUUCAAAAACAUCAAGACCCUACAAGACACCUUCUUUUAUCAAAUGCAGCAAAUGUGGACAUAAUAGGAAAAAUUCUGACACUCACAAAUCGUUUAUGUUCAAUAUCUUUUGUGCAAAUUCUGAACCGACCACAUUUGAAGAAUGGAAAACCAAAACAAAACAAGAAAUGGAUGAAAAAAGAAAAUUGAAAAAGCAACAUCGCGAUACUUGAGCUGCUCCAUUGUGACAGGAAAAAUUUUAAAUUCUAUAUUUACUUUUAUAGAAAUUACGUUUUUAAACAUUUGAACAUUCUUUCGUACAUUUUACAGUGCAAACUGUGACAUUUGAACCUUCUUUCGUACAUUUUACCAGUGGAAGAAACAGUGACAUUUUAACAUUCUUUCGUACAUUUUACCAGUGCAUAAAACUGGGAAAUUUUAACCUUCUUUCAUACAAUUUACUAGUGGAAGAAACGGUGACAUUUUAACAUUCUUUUGUACAUUUUACCAGUGCAUAAAACUGGGACAUUUUAACAUUCUUUCGUAAAUUUUACCAAUGGAAGAAACAGUGACAUUUUAACAGUCUUUCGUACAUUUUACCAGUGCAUAAAACUGUGACAUUUGAACCUUCUUUCGUACAAUUUACUAGUGGAAGAAACAGUGACAUUUUAACAUUCUUUUGUACAUUUUACCAGUGCAUAAAACUGGGACAUUUUAACAUUCUUUCGUAAAUUUUACCAAUGGAAGAAACAGUGACAUUUUAACAGUCUUUCGUACAUUUUACCAGUGCAUAAAACUGUGACAUUUGAACCUUCUUUCGUACAUUUUACCAAUGGAAGAAACAGUGACAUUUUAACAUUCUUUCGUAUACUUUACCAGUGCAUAAAACUGUGACAUUUGAACCUUCUUUCGUAUACUUUACCAGUGCAUAAAACAGUGACAUUUGAUCAUUCUUUCAGACAUUUUAGCAGUGCAACAAAAACGGUGAAAUUUUAACAUUCUUUCGUACAUUUUUCCAGCGCAAACAAAAAAAUUUAAUGCUGCCUUGUGUACUUUAUUGUCCCAUAUUGCAAAGAUUUUCGAUGCUUAUGUGACAUAUUGGCUACACAAGAAGGUUCCAAGCCCUUGUAAAAGCAGAGGAAAAUUUUUAUUUUGCAAUAAAUAUUAAAUUAUGAAUCUGUUAUUCCGAAAGCUUUAUCUGUUAUCAACAUUUAAUUACUUGGAUUAAUAAUUAAAAUCAUCCACAAUUAUAUCAUCAUUUAACAGAUUUUUCAAUUUUUGUAGAUGCAGAGAUGCAGAUGAAAAAAGAAGGAUCAAAUACAAGACUAUGCAAGUUGAAGGAAAUAACUCAAUAGGAUGGAGAGAACUCAAGGAGCUUGUUAUAACAGAAAGUGACAUAUUUCUUGGUUUAAGGUGCUGAUUGAUAUCAAUUGUUAGCAUCUUUGACUGGGGUAAUGUAGCUUAUCUGUAAAAUCAACAUGGAAAGACAAGCAUAAUUAGAAAGAACCUGUUUCUUCACUGGACUAUGACAUUUGCUGGAAAAUUCUAGACCAAUUACUAAUUAUGGACAACUGUCUUACAUGACCUUGGAUUGGCGUACUACCAUGUCCGCACCAGGCACAAGAUCACAGUUAUUUACCCUUGGUUGACCACAUUAAGGAAGUGGUUACUGGGCAAAUAGUUCAUCUGUUUGUUGGCGAAUAUUGGUGAUUGGUGAAAAGAAAUCAAGGGGAAUCAGUAAUGCUUUGACACAGACUUCAGUCAUUAACAAUAAUAUCAAUAUAAAGUCCAAUAUCCUCAUCUACGUGGAGUAUUUAAACACUCCAGUGACAAACUCCAACUACCUACGAAUAUGUACCCUAUUUUCCUACCCGGCAAUGAAAGAGUCGAGUAUGCUGUCUCCUGUGAUAGCUCUCGUUUAUUUCAUAGUUGCUCGGUACAGUCUUGUGGGCUAUGGCCUUAGCUCAGUUGGUAGAGCGGAGGACUGUAGUGGAAUUAAAACUGUCAUCCUUAGGUCACUGGUUCGAAUCCGGUUCGCGGGACAAUUCAUUUUUUUUUUCUGUUCGAUUACACUCAUGUCGCUCACGGGAAUCCCGUGUAAUGAGUUACAUCGUAAAUAAAUAGGUAAAAACAUGUGAGAAUACUGUGAUGGUCAUUCUUUUUACAGUAAGAAAAUGAACGAUUUUAAUACAUCCACAUGUGUGGCAUUGGUCUGCUGAUGUGUCAAGUGUGGUGUGUUGUGUAUUGUGUGCUUGUCACCUUCCGCUUUCAGCCUCUACCGCUGGCUAGCCUUCUGGUGAACAUGGAGCCGAGUGCGUAUGUCUUCCCUGCCAGUACCAAAGAGCUAUAAAAAUAAAAUCCUAAAGAAUGACAGAAGAUUUUUUCAUUAGUAAUUGUUGAUUUUUCAGGUAGUACUGAAAUUUUUUAAUUUUGCACAUAAAAUGUAAUCCAUUGUCAAUUUUAAUUACACUGUCUUUUUUUAUCAUGUCCACUUCCUCAGAGUUCUCCUAGGACCAAAUCAGAGU